CCUUCAUCAUGGCUCGAGCUGUGCGCAAGCUCAAGUAAGGGAGACUUCUGACUCUUUUGUCAGGCUUCAGGUAGGCGGAUGCUACACUCUCAUAACUUUUGCCAACCAUGAGCGGAAUGUUCAAUAAGCUAUCCACUCCAUUCUCCAACCGCGCCAAUGGCGGCGCUGGUGAGGAGGAGGCCCAGGGCGAGACACUCACGACCAUUCUGAGCACGCACGAGGACCGCACUGCGCUUACGCUACUGAUUGCCGACUGCACCGAAGCCAUGAAGCAGAACAUCGAAGACGCGUUUGACGCCACACAGACCGGCUCCAAUACGAGCCUGGUCGUAGAGGACCUCCGGGAAGCUUUACCCACUGUAGAUUCCGAAGCGUCAGACGAAAAGGUGCAAAGCGAGACGGACGAUGCGGUUCGAAAGCAGAAGGAAUUGGAGAAGGAGCAGAAAGAAUUGGCACAGCGAGAGAAAGAGCUGGCAGAGGCGAAGUCCAAGGAGCUCAAAAGUGCAGCACUCGAACAUUGGGACAAAUGGCGAUCAAGUGUUAUCCAGCGCGUUGGAGAGGUCCUGAAUUCCCAUGAAGAGGAAGAGAGGCGCCGAAAACAUGACGCUGAGUCGUCCAAGAAGAAGGAAGAGGAGGCCCGAUCAGCGUCCCCGCCCAUGCGAUUCGAGAGUCCGCCUAAGUACGACAAAGCUGUCGACGAUUCUAUGAGAGCGCUAUAUCCGCCAAUUGACAACCCGCUGCGCAAAUUGACAGAAGAGCAGCGUACACUAAUAUUGCACUGUCUUUUGCUUCUGCUGCUUAGUCUCAAACACUAUCACGCCGAGUCUCGGAUCUUACUUCUACGCCUAUCUACAAGCUUAGAUCUGCCUAUUAAUGUUCUCGGUCUUGAUGAAAGCAAGGUCGCACGAGGACUGUUGGCGGCUGCUGAGAACAUGACGGCCGAUGAAGAGACCAAAAAGAAGGCCGAAGAGAACAAGACGGCCAGGAGGUGGAAGGUGGGUCUCGCGACUGCAGCUGGUGCCGCAUUGAUUGGCGUAACUGGAGGCCUGGCGGCGCCCCUGCUCGCUGCUGGAGUUGGCACGGUUAUGGGAGGCAUAGGUCUUGCGGGCACGGCUACGGCUGGCUAUCUGGGAGCCUUGGCUGGGUCUGGAGUACUUGUAGGUGGUCUCUUCGGCGCUUAUGGCGGGCGCAUGACAGGCAAAAUGAUAGACCAAUACGCGAAAGAGAUCGAGGACUUUGGCUUUGAGCCUGUCCGUACGCAUCACCGCCCACGAAAGAUCGAAAAAGAAUUCCGACGGCUGCGUGUCGCCAUUGGCAUUAGCGGCUGGCUAACUAAGCAGGAAGAGGUCGUUGAGCCGUGGAAAGUGAUAGGCGUCCAGCUGGAAUCUUUUGCACUACGCUGGGAACUGGAGGCUCUGAUGAACCUCGGAAACUCAAUAUCCACAUUCGUAACGAGUACUGCUUGGGCCUAUGCAAAGACGGAGAUCAUCAAGCGUACACUCCUCGGAGCCCUCUACGCAGGAUUGUGGCCGCUUGCUCUGUUGAAGGUGGGCCGCAUAAUCGACAAUCCAUUCUCGGUCGCCAACCACCGAGCACAAAAAUGCGGCGAAGUACUCGCCGAUGCCUUGAUCAACAAAGCACAAGGAGAACGACCCGUAACUUUGAUUGGUUACAGCAUGGGUGCAAAAGUCGUCUACUCCUGUUUGCAGCAGCUGGCAGAACGCAAGGCCUUCGGGCUCGUCGAGAAUGCUAUACUCAUAGGUACGCCUGCCUCUGCUACCUCUGCUGAAUGGCGCAAUUUGCGCGCCGUUGUAUCUGGCCGCCUCGUCAACAUUUACUCAGCCAAUGACUAUGUUCUGGGCUACCUCUACAGAAGCCAAAGCAUAUCAUUGGGCGUCGCAGGCCUGCAGGCUAUCGAGCAUGUCAAGGGUGUGGAAAACUUUGAUGUCAGUAGCCUUGUGAAUGGCCAUACCCGGUAUCGUUUCCUCACUGGGCCGAUCCUACAGCAAAUCGGAUUUGAAGAUGUCGACUUGGAGGGACUGAAGGAGGAACAGGUCGGACUGAAGGAACUGGACGAGAAAGAGAACAAAGAGCGCGCGGAGAAUGAAGAGAAAGAGAAAACUAAGGGCGAUUCCUCCAAAGAAGUAUCGGACGAGUACGUCCAAGGCUUGGAGAAAGAAGUCGAAAAGAAGAACGAGCAGAGCUACAUAGGCUGGGCCCAGUCAAAGAUGGUGUCUGCCGGGUCCAGCGUAUCUGCUGCCUAUGACAAGGCCACAGCUCAGUGGCGGCAACGUACGAAGAAGAACGAUUCUGCGAUGGCUGGCACAGGCACUCCAAAUGUGCAAACAAAGUCCACAGAAGAGCAGCCCCCGGCCCUACCGCAACGCCCAGCCCAAUGAUGCGAGGAGCCGUGGGAUGGCAAAUGCCAAAGCUAGUGCUUCGUACUGCGUGACCAGUGUUCCGGUUGGGGCGCACGGUGCAACGAUUAGCAGAAGAGACAACGCACAAAGAGUGUGGCUCCUGGCGGGUUCUAAUACUCUAGCAAGUGGCUGCUCGAGGCAGUCGACUACAUAGCAAGUGCAAAUACGGAACACAAUCAAGCAAUGAAGAUCAAUGGCAAAUCCUGGAAUCCAGCAGCACCUACCGCAGCGGCCUUCAGCGGCUGCCUUCCUCUACCUCUACGCUCCUCCAUCUUACGAUGAGUCGAGCGCGCCUCCUUCAUAUGAACGACAUGGUCCGCUCCUACCAUGCUAUCGACCGCGCCCAACGACUUCAUCAGCACUGUCUCGAUCGCGAUCUACUGCCUCGCUUGAUCGAUACCAACGGCGUUGUUCGCAACGUGACAUAUUCUUCCUCGUCCUCGUUUUCGUCCUUGUCGCGGCAUUUGGAAUAGCAAGUGGUAUCAUUCGACGCAAGCACUAGCUACGCCACAAGCAAAGGAGGUCGAGCCCUGGAAACAGCAAACUUGCAAAACUCGACUUGUCGAGAAUCUGUCCUUCACCAUGCCUCACAGGAGCAGGCCAAGGAGGAGUAUACCAGCAGCCGCGCUCGGCGAUUUCUCCCCUAUCGAUCCAAGACCCGGGGGUAUAUUCGCAGCCGGCAGAAUCCCUCCACCUGAGAUGCAAUUCGACUUCUCUAUCAUGGACGCUCCUAGGCCUUCUCCAUUGCAGCUACCUUCACCAAAGCGUCGCGACGCCCCAUGGCGCUCGAAGACCCACCUGCCUACCAUACCUCAGAUUGCAGAAUCACUCUUCGGUGAGAGCAGUAGCAGUAGCAGCAGCACUAGCAGCACCAGCACCACCGGGACCGUACCGACGCCAUACACAGCCAGCGAUCUGCUACAACUUUCUACGCCAACCCCAGUACACCUACAGCCGCGUGAUGCAGCCAAUCGCCUUCCAACGCGCGAUCCUGCGUCUAUUUCCCACGAAAACGCCCAUCGGGACAGUCAACCUUCGAAACUUGAGAGCAACCUGACUGCAACCGAUCCCAGGAACAAAUAUCGCUCUGCAAAAUAUUGCAUUUUCCAACGAAAGGAUUGCACGG